AUGGGGGAGCGCAAAGGUCAGAAUUUCUAUUAUCCUCCGGAUUUCGACUACAAGAAGCACAAAAGUUUGAAUAAAUACCAUGGUGUUCAUGCUUUACGGGAGCGUGCAGCGAAGAUUUCGCAAGGAAUCCUCGUUAUUAGAUUUGAAAUGCCAUUUAAUAUUUGGUGCCUUGGAUGUAAUAACCACGUUGGAAUGGGUGUACGAUAUAAUGCUGAAAAGAAGAAGAUUGGAAUGUACUACACGACGCCGCUGUACGAAUUUCGAAUGAAAUGCCAUUUGUGUGAUAACUACUAUGUGAUUCGUACGGAUCCCAAGAAUUUCGAUUACGAGUUGGUAGAGGGAUGUACACGACAAGAGAAACGCUUCGAACCUUCGGAAGUCGACCAAGUGGACACGUCCGACAGUGCUUUCAGCCACAAGCUAGCAGCGGAUGCGAUGUUUAAAACAGAACAUCAGGAAGAAGAUAAAAGCAAAGCAACUAAUGACGAGGUCCGCAUGGAGAAAAUUGAAUGGGUUCAGGAAAGGUUACGUGAUGAUUUUGCUGCUAACCAGGCUCUCCGAGCGCAGUUCAGGGUACGUUUGAAGGAGUGUGUCCUUUACCUCUCCUGA